AUGAUUCCGUAUUCCAUCGAUGUUACAGAAGCCAGCAUGUUUUCCUUUGCUUCUAAUGCAGUCCGAAAUGGCCACUUGCAACGAAGUUCGGCCCGUUGCUUUUCGGACGUCGCCCACAAGCCCUUGCUUAACUUGCACGGCUUACAAGCGCGUUAUGCUAACGCUACAUACGUUGCUGCUUCCAAAGUGGGCGGACUUGAGACUGUUGAAAGGGAACUUAUGGGUCUCUAUAAAUCCUCCCAGAAGUCCGCCGCCUUUGCGGCAUUCCUUGAGAAUCCUAUGAUCAGCCGCGACGAAAAAACUAAGUAUGUUGCAUCAAUGGACAAGUUGUCUCCCAUUACCCGCAAUCUUCUAAUUACCAUGGCUGGAAACGCACGUUUGAAUGAAUUGCCUAAGGUGGCGACCACGUUUUCACAACUCAUGAAGGCUAAGCGCGGUGAGGUCGAAGCUCAGAUUAUCAGCGCAUCGGAACUGUCUGCUGCUGAACUAAAGGAAGUGAAAGCGGCGAUGCAGUCCCAGGUGCCGAAAGGAAAAACUGUCAUUAUCGAGGCAGUUACCGACCCUUCUAUCGUUGGAGGAUUGCAGGUACAAAUUGGAGACCAGUUUUUGGAUCUUUCGGUGAAGAGCCGAAUUGAAGAGAUUGCCCGUACUCCCUUGAGCUAAAAUAUAAUAGCAAUCUCGAGACAAACGUGUCUUUUAAUUCUUA